CAGAGUGUGUGUGCGUGUACCGGUGCGUAAGGAGGGACGCAAAGCAUCGCGCCUGAGAGUUCGUCACAGUCUGAAGCUUUGCAUUACAUGUUCGCAUUCCGCACAACUCUCACCAGUGUACAGGCUCGCGCAAACUUUCCCCGCGUUGAGAAUGGCAGAGCAAUCGAACAGCGAUGGAGAGGAGGGGAGCGCACCCAUGAGGGGCUUUGCCCGACAGGGUGCCCUGAGACAGAAGAACGUUCACGAAGUUAAGGACCACAAGUUUAUCGCUCGCUUCUUCAAGCAGCCUACUUUCUGCAGCCACUGCACGGACUUUAUCUGGGGUUUUGGGAAACAAGGAUUUCAGUGUCAAGUCUGCUGCUUUGUGGUGCACAAACGUUGCCAUGAAUUCGUCACCUUCUCCUGCCCUGGAGCAGAUAAGGGUCCUGCAUCAGAUGACCCGCGCAGUAAGCAUAAGUUCAAGGUCCACACGUACUCCAGCCCCACCUUCUGUGACCACUGUGGCUCUCUGCUGUAUGGACUCAUCCACCAGGGCAUGAGAUGUGACCACUGCAUGAUGAACAUCCAUAAGCGCUGUGUGGCCAACGUGCCGAGUCUGUGUGGGACUGACCACACUGAGAGGAGGGGCCGCAUCCAAAUCACCGCAGAGAUCAAGAACAAUGUGCUCACCGUCAGCAUUAAAGAGGCGAGGAACCUGGUGCCCAUGGACCCCAAUGGCCUCUCUGACCCCUACGUCAAACUAAAACUCAUCCCUGACCCCAAGAGCGAGAGCAAACAAAAGACCAAGACCAUUAAGUGCUGCCUGAAUCCCACGUGGAACGAGACCUUCACAUUUAAUCUGAAAGAGUCUGACAAGGACCGCAGGCUGUCUGUGGAGAUCUGGGACUGGGACUUGACCAGCCGGAAUGACUUUAUGGGCUCCCUGUCUUUCGGCAUCUCGGAGCUUCAGAAGCAAGGGGUGGAUGGAUGGUUUAAGCUGCUCAGUCAGGAAGAGGGCGAGUACUUCAACGUUCCUGUCCCACCCGAAGGUGAAGAAGGCAAUGAGGAACUCCGGCAGAAGUUUGAGAGAGCUAAAAUUGGUCCCAGCAAAAAAGAUGGCUCUUCCUCCAACACCAUCUCCAAAUUUGACAGCAAUGGCAACCGGGACCGCAUGAAACUGUCCGACUUCAAUUUUCUCAUGGUGUUGGGCAAGGGCAGCUUUGGAAAGGUGAUGCUGGCCGAGAAAAAGGGAGGUGAGGAGCUGUUUGCCAUAAAGAUCCUGAAGAAGGACGUGGUGAUCCAGGAUGAUGAUGUAGAAUGCACUAUGGUGGAGAAGAGAGUGUUGGCCUUGGCAGGAAAACCACCCUUCCUCACUCAGCUGCACUCCUGCUUUCAGACCAUGGACCGCCUGUACUUUGUCAUGGAAUACAUCAGUGGUGGGGAUCUCAUGUAUCAUAUCCAGCAGGUCGGCAAGUUUAAGGAACCCCAUGCUGUGUUCUAUGCUUCAGAAAUCGCCAUAGGCUUGUUCUUCCUGCACAUGAAGGGUAUUAUAUACAGAGAUCUAAAGUUGGAUAAUGUCAUGUUGGACAUGGAGGGUCAUAUCAAAAUUGCUGACUUUGGCAUGUGCAAGGAGAACAUGUUUGAUGGAAUCAUCACCAAGACCUUCUGUGGGACCCCUGACUACAUCGCCCCUGAGAUUAUCGCUUACCAGCCUUAUGGAAAGUCAGUGGACUGGUGGGCUUUUGGAGUUCUGCUCUAUGAGAUGCUGGCUGGGCAGCCCCCAUUUGAUGGUGAGGAUGAGGAUGAGCUGUUUCAGUCCAUCAUGGAGCACCAUGUGUCCUAUCCUAAAUCCAUGUCCAAGGAAGCUGUGGCCAUUUGCAAAGGGCUGAUGACCAAACACCCAGGCAAGCGUCUGGGCUGCGGUCCUGAGGGUGAGCGAGACAUCAGGGAACACGGCUUUUUCCGUUACAUGGAUUGGGAGAAGCUGGAGAACAAGGAAGUUCAGCCACCAUUUAAACCAAAAGCCCGAAACAGCCGAGAUACUUGCAACUUUGACCGGGAGUUCACUAAAAUGGCCAUCGAGCUCACGCCCACCGACAAGCUGUUUAUCAUGAAUCUGGACCAGGACGAGUUCCUGGGGUUCUCCUACACCAACCCGGAGUAUGUCAAUCCUGCUCAGGGUUAAUCGAGCAAACGUACCAGAGACUGCUGGUUGUGUAUCUCUCUGUCUGCCUGUAUGUGUGUGACAUGUAUGCUCAGGGUCAUGAAAGCUCACUCAUAUUACCUUAACAGGAUUUUACCAAAGGGCUCAGGUGGAUCACCUCAGUAUAUAGCUGUGUGGUAUUUGGAUAUGUUUCAAGGGGCCAGAAUUCAGCCAAUCUGUUGCACCACAAGUCAAACGUUUCCCUCUUCCUAGCUUUCACACUUUCAGGAAAGCCAGUAACCCCCCAGCUUUACGAGACUGCAUUCAGUGUUUAUAUGAUGGUAAAUGUGGCCUAUGCAACAAAUGAGGAACAAACACGACUAACCCCGAGUGAGCAAUUUGAAAAACAACAAUGCCGCUUUCAAUUAUUUAUUUGCAGUUCAUUAUUUUCCCCCGUUUGGUCUCUAUUUGAGCUGAGCUAAUGUUUAAUUCACUGGCUUAAACCCAUUAUACCGAAAUAUUAUUACCUCCCACACAUGACUUGAGCCGGCGCUCCCGUACAGCCUGUGCGAAGUGCUGAAUCCCUGGCAGAAGUGUCCUCACUGUUGUGACAUUCAGGGAGAGGGAAGAAGAAAGAAAAAAAUGUCAAGAUGGUGGCAAAGUGAAAAUGUCAUUAUCCUUCAUAACACUGUAUUUCAGGAAGGAUUCAUAUCACUGGGUUUGGGGAGAGUGGAGAUUUGUAAAGCUACUUGUUCAUAUUUCAGUAUCCUUGACGAUGAGUAUUAGAAACAGCCAGAUAGAUCAAACGCAGCUGACGCCGUCUUGCAAUACAGAAUUCAAAUAGUACAUAACUAUGUAUCUAUGCACUGUUUAGGAAACACAAUGUGCCAUUUUCCAAGGGACUCCAUCAUCCCUGUGAUUUCAAAUGCUUAAUUUGCAUGAUUGCAAUAGUUUGUUUAUCCUGUAGGCAUAAUACUUUUGGAUAUAGCUAUCAUUCAGGUGAAAAAUCAUACUUGCAUUUCCGAACGCUUGGUCUAGAUCAGUCAUAUAUAGCAAUGUGAUUAGAGUCCGCCACCUAUGUGCAAUGAUGACUUAUAGGCUUUGUGUAAAUAAUGUAACUAAGGACUUUCUGAAAAAAAAAAAACAAGAAAAAAAAAAACAUGUAUUUCUUAGCUACCUUCUAAUUCAUUUAAAAGAUAAAGGCAUACCGUUAUUAAGGUUUUGCAUGUUCAGAUUUAUUAUCACUACACAUUAAUUGCUUGUAAUUUGUCCCUUGCAUCAUCUUGGUUUAUUUUUUAUUUAUUAAUUUUUUUAUAAUUUUUAUUUUUAAAGUAUGUAAACAUUUUCAUGUGUCGAAGAUCCCUGGUGAAACCACUAAUGAAAACGAUUUUGAGAUUAGAAACACAUAAAUCGAUAGCCUCUCUCCUGAAUAAGCGGAGUUGGAUUGAUCUGUUCUGCCUACUCUUGUACAGAUCCUAACCUCUCUAGUGCUGUGUAGCGGUGCUGUCUCUGUGAGGUGAAUAGUUGCAGUGUUUUGAUAGGGCUUAGUGUCACUGUUCGAGACCUGUUCGCUCCGUAGAAAGAUAAGCUGCCGCGUAUCGAUCGGACAAUUAUCAAAAAGAGAAAUAAAAGGCAUAUAUCAGUUGACACCGUGGAGCGUGGGGUGAGCGCGAGGUGAUUUAGAGGGAGAAUUUGGCGAGCUUAAAGGCACUGAGUGUCUGCUUGAUUGCCAGCUGAACAGUUUAUGACUUCAAGGUCAGCUCCAAGGAUAAAGGAUGCGAGGUCCUGGAAGCCACAAACACAUACAGUAGAUACUGGAUGAGACACUAGGUAAACCAUUAAAGUUAUAACUUAUUGAUGUACUUAUGGGAGAAUAUGUAAGAUGUUAUAUUUAUAAUACAGAUAUUGAAAUUGAAAA